AUGAUGUCGAAUAUAGCUCCAAAAUUAGAUGACACUUUGUAUGCAUGCUAUUGGAAAGAAAAUUUAGUAAAUUAUUGUGGACUUUUGUUUGAUCCUGUUUUAACAGAAGAAGGAAUUUGUUUCUCAUUCAAUUCAUUAAAAUCUGAACAUUAUCGGAAUGAAUUUAAAAAUUCCCGCCAAAAUAUUUCCUUUGAUAACAACUUUGACAAACCUGAUCGAAAAAUAGAAUGGGAUCUUGAAAAUGGUUACAAUGAAGAAGCUUUAUAUUCUUUAGAAGCAUUCCCUUUUCAUGCAGUUGGAUCAGGAAUUACGGAAAGCCUUAGAAUUUAUCUAAAAGAUAAUUAUGAUGACGAAGAUAAAAAAUGUAGAGCUCCAUUUCAGCGUUUCAAAUUAACUGUUCAAACUCCAGGAGAAGAACCACAAGUAUCAAAGAAUUUUAUUGAUCUUCCUUUUGACCACGAGGUUUCGUUAACAAUCAAGUCUCAGAUUAUGACAACUUCUGAAGGAUUGCGACAUUAUAAACCAGAAAGGCGUCAAUGCUAUUAUCAAAAUGAACGGUAUUUAAGGUAUUUUACAAAGUAUACUCAAGCCAACUGUGAAUUGGAAUGUCUGGCAAAUCAAACCCUUGCCAAAUGUGGAUGUGUCAAAUUUUCAAUGCCAAGAAAUUCAUCUCAGCCAGUUUGUGGAGCUCGAAAUAGUUUGUGUGUUCAAGAAACUGCAAAUAAUUUUGGUAGUUGGAAAUUUAUGGCUAAAACAAAGCCUUUUGGUGAAAGUGUAUGUACUGGUAAUUGUUUGCCAACUUGUUUUGAUAUCAAAUACAAAGCAGAGAUUGAACAACAAAUUUCUGGUGACAGUCCGUACGACUAUUAUCGUAGCGAACGAUACACAGUUUUGACAAUUAAAUUCGAAGAAGAUGUACUCAAUGGUUUAAUACGUACAGAAUUGUACAGUACAACUGAUUUUAUUGCAAAUUGCGGAGGUUUACUGGGACUUUUUAUGGGUGUGUCGAUUUUGAGUUUGGUGGAACUUGUUUACUUUUUUACUGUAAGAUUGUGGUUGAAUUUGAAAGCAAGAAGACAGAUAAAAGCUAGGGAAAUAAAGAAAUUUAAAGAAAUUGCUUGAGUUAAAAUUUUGAAAAAAUAUGUUAACUGUAAUUUUAUCUAUAAAAAAUAA